UCCAAACGCGGCAAAACGUUCAAAAGGGAAAGAUGUUGCGAAUAACAAUGUCAAUCCCCCUACUGUCAUCUCUCUCCCACUGGAACCCAAGAAAAACCCCAACUUCCCCUUCCAAAUCAAUGGCUUGGACCUGCUCGAGAUGCACUUUCAUCAACCCUUCAUCCCAGAAAUCAACGUGCCAGAUCUGCUUAUCCUCAUCAUCAUCAUCGUCAUCGUCACCAUCUUCGUCGUUGGCUCCAACUAGGCCCAAGUGGUCUUGCAAGGCCUGCACUUUCCUGAACCCAUAUCACAGCACCAACUGCGAAAUCUGCGGCGCCAGGCCCUCGGCCUUGUCGCUGUCGGCGCUUGAUGUGGAUGAAUUGGAUUCGUCAGUCGGCUCUGUUUUCUUGCCCUUGCAGGCUUGCAAGAGGAAGAGUCGAGAAUCCCCGAUUGAGAUCGCCGAUGAUGGCUUCGAGUCCGGUGGGUUUCGCGGCGUUAAGGCAGCGAAUAAGGCGGUGGUGUCAUCGGAUGAAACAUCCUCAGGAACUGAUUCAAGAACAUUGAAAAUUUUGAGUUAUAAUGUUUGGUUCCGAGAAGACCUUGAGAUGCACAAGAGGAUGAAAGCUCUGUGUGACCUUAUCCAACUGCAUUCCCCAGAUUUGAUAUGCUUCCAGGAGGUUACUCCCAAUAUCUAUGACAUUUUCCAACAAUCCAACUGGUGGAAAGCAUACCGAUGCUCAGUCUCAAAUGAGAUGGCAUUUACAAGGCCAUACUUCUGCAUGCAGUUAAGCAAAUUACUGGUAAAAUCUUACAGCUGUAAACCAUUCAGUAAUUCCAUAAUGGGACGAGAACUUUGUGUCGCGGAGGUUGAAAUUCAAGCAGACAAGAGGUUGGUUGUUGCCACUAGCCAUCUUGAAAGUCCUUGUCCUGCCCCACCCAAAUGGGAUCAGAUGUUCAGCAAGGAACGGGUAGAUCAGGCAAAGGAAGCAGUGAACUUUCUUAACAAAAAUCCAAAUGUGAUUUUUUGUGGUGACAUGAACUGGGAUGACAAGUUGGAUGGUCAGUUUCCUUUACCUGAGGGAUGGAUUGAUGCCUGGACACAGUUAAGGCCUGGAGAAAAUGGAUUCACAUAUGAUACCAAGUCCAAUCAGAUGCUCUCUGGUAACCGCACUCUGCAAAAGCGACUGGAUCGAUUUAUAUGUAAUUUGCGAGAUUUUGAGAUCAGAAGCAUAGACAUGAUUGGAAUGGAGGCAAUACCAGGCCUAACAUAUUCCAAAGAGAAAAAAGUGAGAAAUGCGGUGCAAAAUUUGGUCCUCCCUGUUUUGCCUAGCGAUCAUUAUGGGUUACUGUUAACAAUUUGUACCCAGUAAUGUCAGACAGGUAAUUUGUUGUUAGAGAGUGUUGGCCGAGCUAAUGGAAGGCUGAGUUGCCGAGCUGAUGAGAUCGAGCUGCCGAGUUGAUAGAGGGCCGAGCUGAUGGAGGACUAAGUUACUAAGCUCGUUAUCAGUUGAUUUAUCCUCUAUGAUUUAUAUUGCUAUUAUAUUUUAUUUUUUAUUUUUUUUAAAUUUGUUUGUAUUUAAGAUUAUUGUAAUCUAAUCCUACAAAAAUAGGAAUCUAAUAUCCAAAAUCUAGUAGAAUUCUUAGGAUCAAUUGUAUAUAUAUUUGUGGCAUUUCCAAG